CUAGACUAGGUGUAGACGGUCGGUUCACUAACAACAGUGGAAUAUAUUUGUCAUUUAGACUAUUGAACUGUACCUCUCAGUAACCAGAAAUAUCCGGUAGUUUAUUAUACAAAAGCUUUUCCCAAUGGAGUGGCCCAAGUUUUAUCCAUCUCGCAUACCACUUUUUGCCGUCAUUCAUGCUUUGUUUUGGUUGCCAGUAUCGUAUUUUAUCGCGACUUAUUAUGACCAUGUACAAGCAGUUGUUCCAUACGUGAGCGCUUUUGGUUUAUAUCCGCCGGAAAAAUAUAUUUUUAUGUCUACAAUGGGAUCAUUUGGAGUACUAAUUAUCAUAAGUCAAUGGUUUUGGUACUUAAUGAUGAGAAGAAGACUUGCGGAGAGAAAUGCUUGUUCACCGGUUGGCGGACUACUAUGUAUCAUCGUACCAAUAACUUUCACAAUAUCAGGCAUAUCCAUAAUAGCAUUGUCCAUAAUUGAUGCAAAAACUCACAAUUUUAUACAUUAUCGCUUCUCUCUACUGAAUUUCUAUUGUCACAUCGUUUCGAUUCCAUUGGGUGCUCUGCUUGUUUUAUAUUCUUUCCGUCCACGGAAAUGGUUUUUCUUGGCUAGAUUAAUUGUUUGGAUUCAGAUGAUUCUUGGUGCAUAUUUUUUCAAAUAUUACAAUCAUAUUGGUCUGAUAUUUUUGCAAGCGAAAGACUUCUACUAUAUAAAACCACAUGAACUGGUAAGUCAAGUAAUAUGUACAGGUUAG